UAAUAAUAAUCAUAACAAAAAUAAUAAUAAUCAUAACAAUAAUAUCAACAACAAAAAUCAAUCAAAGCAACUACCUCAACAGGUGUUAAUGAAUAUCAACAGUCACUUUCAAAGCGCUCGCUCGAACCUUAAUGUGAGUUCCUCAUUGAAUUCAAACGAUAUAUCAAAUUCAAAUACAAAUUCAAAUUUAAAUGUCGAUGCGCGCAACAAUAUAAACCACAAUCACUUUCAAUCUUAUCAACAAGCCAACGUCAGUUGGCAAUCAGGCUCAAACUCACUAACUGCACUAAUAAAUUCAGCUAAUCAAAAUCGUCCAUCGUUUAACACAGCUACACAAAUGCUAAGCAAUAAUAAUAAUACAUAUAAUAAUAAUAAUAAUAAUAAUAAUAAUGCAUAUAACAAUAAUAAUAAUAAUUCGUAUAAUAAUAAUAAUAAUACGGCUGCUCGUUUGGGUCCCAGGAUUCGAACAAUUUCAAAUGAAUUGGCACGGUCUAAAAAUACCUACAAUGGAGCAUUAGGACAGCCAAUGAACCAGUUAAAUAUUGUACCGAAUAAAGCAAACGGUGACAUUGUUGCUUCGGAUUCACUACGUUUGGCGGAUCUAAUGAACAUGGACAAGGAAAGCUGUGUGAAUUUGAACGUGGCCGAGGUGGCCAAGAAUGCGAUGUUGUUGUUAAGUACUGUUUUUCACAAGCCCAUACUGGAUGAGGAUGUGCAGCAGCAAUUGUCGCAAAUGCAGCAGAAAAAAAAUGGGCACUCCGGAGAACCACACGGACUCGAUAUGACCAUAAAACCGGAAACUACCGAGAUGCGAAUGUAUCAUCGAUUCAAGUAGACAACUAAAGUGGACAAGCAAAUAUUUUUCUCAUAUCACCUAAAGUUAUUUUUAAAAUGACCGCAAAAGUUUUCAUUCCAGGGGAAUGGCAACAAAAUGCGUUCGAUGUGAAUAUUGCGGAGGCUUAACUUUAUAAGAAGAAAUCGCGGUAAAUGUAGUGAAUGACAUUUUACUGGCACACAAGCACACAGGCAAACGACUGAAAGUAAAUGUAUUUUUGUUUUAUUAUUAUUUUUGGCUGAUAAGAAAGGCCGUGCCGCUUAUCAGCAAUGCACAACAAGAACUAAGCUGUCAGUAAAGAGAUGUAAACCGAAAGCGAACAAAAAUAGAAACAAAACAGCGAUAAAUGACGGCGAAACGAAGCGAAUAUUCAUACACGAGAGUUGUGACGACGACGAACAAACUGGAAUAACAAUCAAUCAGUAAAUCUAAUAAAGAGUAGGAAAGUGGACGUAAAAACUAAAAUAUGUUCAAUGACUACGUAUAACGCGUGUUCAUUCUGACAAUUCAUCUUAAGUUGUAAUAUAAUUAUUAACCUCCAAUUUGCCAAAUUGUACAUUACUCAAUGUGAAAAAGCACAGAUAACUGUAAACAAAGAGUGGACGAAAAAUAAAAUUUUUUGCAUUAAAUGAAAAGAAAAAUUUGUAGUUUAGAAUAACAAACAAUUGAUGUAGAAAACAAGUUUAAGAAUUAAAUAAAUAAAUGCCAUUUCAUUCAACAACUCGCAGCAUGUUGAAGUCCAAGCAGUUGCUAAAACAAUGUGUGAAAGAAUGUUCGAGCUUUUCGCCCGCAAAUUUCAAAUUGAAACGUGCUUUGAUUGUGACCAAGCUCUCCCGCUAUGAGAUCGAGCAACUGCGUCAUCCGGAAUUGACGCGAGAGCAGCUGGAGCAAAAGCUCAGAGAUCGUGGUACCGAUGUGGAGAACGUGCUCUAUUUGCAUAACCUGCACAAGGAUUUUGAGCGGCGCAUUGUGCGCAGCUUUAGGAAUGUUGGCUGCGAAGUGAAAAUGUCCAGCAGCAGACUUGAAUUUAGAAGCUCUCUGAGCAAGGAUGUGAUGAGCUGGGCGGAUGUUAUUGUGCCUGUUGGCGGCGAUGGCACCUUUUUGCUAUCAGCCAAUCGUGCCAGUCCCCUAUUUGCGCUAAGCCAGCAGAAAACACCGAUUGUUGGCUUCAAUUCCGACCCGCAGCACUCGGAAGGACGCCUGCUGCUGCCCAAAUACUACUCCGAAAAUCCCGAGGAGGCAGUCAAUCGCAUUAAAUCAGGCGACUUUAAGUGGGUGCAUCGUUCACGCAUACGUACCACCAUGCUGGGCAACAAUGGCACCAUACCCGAGUCCACGGAUCUAUUCAGGCAUACUGCAGUUAAGAUGGAGCAGGUUGAUACAUCACCGGAGCUGCUGGAUAAGCAUAUGGGUCACAAGUAUAAUGCUAAAAUGAAACGCAUUCUUCCAUAUUUGGCGUUAAACGAGGUCUUCAUUGGAGAACAACUUUCGGCACGCGUCUCGCAUUUGCAGCUGGUGCUCAAUCAUCAGGAUGUGGUCAAUAAAACAAAGUGUUCGGGCUUGUGCGUUAGCACAGGCACAGGCUCCACUUCGUGGCAUACAAGUAUCAAUCGGAUCACCAGCAGCGAUGUGGACGAUCUGCUUCAAUCACUGCCCGAUAGCUGUGCGCCGCAUGUGCUCAAACUACGCGCAAAUGUUGAGGAGAUCGCUCAGCGUUACAAUCAGGGACUGCUUUUCCCAGCUGAUGAUCCGCGUUUAUGCUACUCCAUACGGGAGCAGAUCUGUGUGGGUGUUUGGCCCUCACCAAAGACAUUUAAGGCACGGGAUUUUGUGCAGACUGUAUUUAUAAAAUCCCACUGCAUCGAUGCCAAUCUGGUCAUUGAUGGCAGCAUCUCGUAUCCGUUUAACGAUGGAGCCAAGGUGCUGCUAGAGAUUUAUCCUGAGGAUGCGCUAUUAACCAUCGCCCUAGACUGAAAAAGUAAACCUGAAAAACUAACCGCAAGAAAAGUGCCUGCUUCAUAUAUCAACUAAAGGCUGCUGCAGCUGCAUUUUUUUUUAUGUCUAAAUUUACGUAGGUUCAUUGAAAAAGAAAUAUUUAUAUGAUCUGUAACUGCUUAUUAGAUGUAAGCUUAAAAGUUAUUUGUUAUUAAACUACAUACACACAAAUAUGUUAAUGUGCUUAUAAACAUAUUCA